GCUACGUUAUUAAUUAAAAAUGUGUUUAUUUUGAGACUAUAUAAUUUUACUGUUUAUAAUAUUAUUAGGUGGGUAUUUUUCAUAAAUCUUACAGAUAUAAUUAAUGUGUCAAUUAUUCUUGAAAAUAUUAUAUAAUAAUAGGAGGUCUAAUUUCAAUCUUUAAUUAACAUCUUCUUUUCCAAAAAAAAAAAAUAUUAAAAAAUAUGUUCAUGGUGCUGGUGGCCUUUAUAUAAAUGCUACAAAUACAAAGCUAAGGUGUCCUGCACAAGCUGCACUGCAUCCCACGUAUAUGCAUAAUUAUAUAUUACUAAUCCUAUAGGCCUCUUCCUCUUGUCUUGGCUAUAAAUAUCUGUAGGUCUCACUCUUUCACUUCACACUACUCAUUCCAAUACAAACCAAUAUCUAAUAUCUAUGGCGUUCAACAAGGCUUUCCUGGUGUUGUUAAUGUUGUCACUUGUGGCUGUAACAACUUAUGCUCGUGUGGACUUUGUGGGGCUUUUUGUUAAUGGUCAUUCUCAGUAUUGUCCACCACCUGGACCAACGAAAUGUGUAAGUUGUGAGUGUAACGAAGAAGCUGGGAACUUGGUGUGUGUUCGUAGUGAUUCGAGAAAAGGAAAGUGCCCAUCAAACUGCAGUGAAGGUUGCGCCUGUGAUAGGUCUCUUUGCCCUCGUUGUUGGUGCUCGUAUGAGGUUCAGGCAUGCCCAAAAAUAUGCCCCCCACCCAGUACCACCUCAUCCACCGCCGAAGCUGCCUUUGAGAAUCUUCUCUCUUUCAAGACAGACUAAGUAGUUAAUGUUGUGCUUUUAUCUUAACUAGUAAUCUUAUCUCUAUGGAUCUACUCUGUAUGUUUGCUAUGCUUGCUUCAACUACUUUUGUCGAGGCUUGUCUCUAUAAAAAAUCUGUAAGCUUGUCUAUUAAAUAAAUGCAAGUUGUUUUGAAAGAAAAA